UGGCAUCGUGCCGCAUUUUGACUAGCACAAGAAAAGCAAACCAGUUCCACUUAGAGGAGAUGGCUCUUCCGGCAGGGGUACUCGGACCUAUCUAUUGUUUGACCACAUGCCAAUAAGUGACUACCAGACCUUACCAUAAAAGCAACCAAGCGACCGCCAGUUUUCGAUAAACCACAUCGGCAAACAAGUUAAGCUAGCUCCAGGACUUUUUCUCGCUACCACAACCGAGAAGUCUUCUGGUUCUCUGAACUUAUUGUCUAAUCCUAUACCUCGUUUCCUGGAUUAACCGUGUGUACCUUAUACACCUAGUCCAGCUAUCUCACUUGUGUUCACUUCCUUGAAUUUCAAGUCUUUUCUCACCGUAUGAAACUUUGCCUCACUGGAAUCCUCGUUGUCUGGGCGUUGUUCGCCCAAGUGACUCAAGCUUUAGUUAUUACCACUGUUUCGACCUACCUUGCGCCGCCGGGUCCCACCAGCAUUUGUCUGACCUUCGCUACCCUGGGCGGACAGGGUGCAACAGCGUGGCACGCCAGUGUAUACUUCCACGAGAUAUCCUCUAGUCUCUUGUCGGCCCAGUUCGAGUUUAUCUGGUACUUCUCCUUCGAUUCACCAAUCAACGCAAACUUGUUUACCGCUUCCGUUAUUACAAAUGUUGUUAAUUUGGUGGAUGACACUUCUGUCACCGUCAAUCCAGCUCAGGGUGCAUUUGUGCUUCUGUAUUCCGAUACCGUCCUCAGUGUGCUCGGUAUAAUCACAGUUUGUUUAAACAAUUUAAAUGAGCUUAUUGGAUAUGAGGCUACUUUUCUGAUCAACAGUACCCCGAUUGCCACGGUGGAUGUGGGAUCAGAUUUAUUGUGGUCCUCCUCACUUCAAUUAAGCUUGCUGUGCAGUGCAGGAUCCACUGGUCCCAGCUGUAUUGGCAUUUCUUACCCUGCCAUUGGCUGCUACACACCAUCACAAUGCUCUGGAAAUGCACCAUCCGUGCAAACCUUGACCAUCCAAGGUACCAACUCCGUGGGGUGUAUUGUCUACAGCGUGUUGCGAUACUCAUAUUCCACUCUGACUUUGGUUACUACUCAGGUAACCAUUCUGACAACCACACUUCUGUACACUACUUCGUCAAAUACCGGAAACAUUCUUUUUCCCAAAUGGACGACCUACGUUGUGACACAAACAUCCACCAGUACCAUCCCUCUUACCACCAUCAGUACAGUCCUCAACCCCGUGGCAACAAGCUUGGUCUCGGGCUACACGAGCUGCUGUGUAGGAUGUACCGCGUAUUUGACCGGAGUUUCCAGUACUGAUACUAACGGUAAUAUAAUUUACAAGAGUGAGUCGGUUAUCAUUACCACGGGUUCUGGUGGUACUACCACCACCUCAAUCAAUGUGUUUGCCACUAGCACAUAUACCGUCUGUCCACAGUGUUCGGUAUAUACGUCGCUUUUAUCUUCCACAAACUCAAAUGGGAAUGUUGUGGUUGUGUCUCAAAGCGUCAGAGUGACCACCAAUAGUAAUGGUGCCUUGUCUACAACGUCUUCUGCCAUUGGAACUACUACUAUCUGCACACGGUGCUCGUCGUACACCUCGGCGGUGUCCUCUACCGACUCGAAUGGGAACAUAGUAAUCAUAACAGAGAUUAUUGCAGUGACCACAAAUUCAGCUGGGGUAAUAGGUACAGGAACCACACCCAUUGGAACCAGCACGUUCAUAAUGUGCCCCCUGUGUACUGUCUAUACCACUGCUGUUUCCACCACUGAUACCAACGGCAACAUUGUGAUUACGACGGAGAGCGUUCGAGUGACGACUAAUGCUCAGGGUUCGUUAUCAACCACUUCAUCAGCUAUUGGGACUAGUACCUUUAUUGUCUGUCCACUGUGUACUGUCUACACCACUGCUGUUUCCACUACUGAUACCAACGGAAACAUUGUGAUUACGACGGAGAGCGUUCGAGUGACGACUAAUGCUCAGGGUUCGUUAUCAACAACUUCAUCGGCUAUUGGGACCAGUACCUUUAU